GGCAGUCUCUGCGGUCAUUUGCUCUUACGUUGCCGUACUCGCAUCUACCGCCUCUGCGCCGAGGCCGUCGAUACCCCCCAGUACUAGACUACUACCACCUACCAUCGCCAUGGAGAGCUACACGGAGCCGCUGGACGUCUCGAUGAUGGCGCCGCUGCCGCAGCUGGUCCACACGCCCAUUGAUGUGGACAUCUCGUGCCUCUCGCUGCAUGGGCCGCCGCUCGCGCAGCCCGAAGCCGAGCCCUUGCUCUCGCCGUCGCACGCGCUGCCGACAGUGCUGCCCGCGACCUUUCUGCGUACGAUCUGCGACCAGCUCGAGUUUUACUUUUGCGACGACAACCUCCUCGGCGACCUCUUCUUGCUGAAGAACAUGAACGCGCACGGCUACGUCAAGCUCGAGCUGCUCGCGACCUUUGGCCGCGUCAAGAAGCUCACGACCGACAUUGCGCUCCUCCAGCAAGCGCUCGAGCUCUCGACCAAGCUCCUCUUGAGCGAAGAAGGCGCGAGUGUGUGCCGCAAGGACCCGCUGCCGUACGACCAGACGUACCAUGGCAAGCUGUCGCGCACUGCGAUUGCGUACAACCUCGCCGAAGACGCGAGCAUUGCGAGCCUCAAGGACACCUUCCGCACGUGCGGCGAAAUCACGUACCUCCGCCUCCUCAAGAAGAACGGCGCGACCGGCCGCAACGCGGUGCUCAAGCCGCCCGUCAUUUCCGGCGAAACGUAUGCGAUCAUUGAGUUUAUCGACGCCGAGAUGGCCAACCACGCCGUCUUGACGCUCUCGGACCAGUACAACUGGCGCACGGGCAUGCAGGUCGUGCUCUUUGAUGGCACGACCACCGACAAGCUCAAGCAGCGUAUGUUUCCGGUCGAAGUCGACCGACGCCGCGCCAAGUCGGCCGCGGCGGCGUUCCAGUCGACGAACGGCGGCGGCUCCAACUCGGCCUCGAGCUCGCCCCGCGCCGGCAACAAGUCGGCCCCGAUUCACGUCGAGUCGGUGGGCGAGGGCCUCAACGACCUCAGCGAAGGCAAAGUGAGCACGGGCGUUGUCUACUCGAUCCGUGGCGCCGGCGGCCUCAUCACGCCCGCCCGCCAAGACGGCUCGUCGAUCAGCUUCCGCCUCGUGCCCGACGAAGACGGCUCGAUUGACAUUUUCCAAGGCGACUACGUUUCCUUUACAGUCGGCAAAAACAAGAAGAGCGGACGCAAAUACGCAUCGAAAGUCAAGCUCGAGUACCGCCCGCCGAGCGUGCACGCAGCUGCGACCGCGCCGCCCACCCGCCACGAGAACCACCACACGUCCAUGGCCAAUGGCGAGCGCAGCCGCGCCCGCACGAUGGGCAACGACGCUGCGACGCCCUUUACGCGCGGCCGGUCGUCGUCGUCAGGCCAGCGGCCGCAGCGCUUGCCGCUCAAGAGCCCGGACGCGGUCGACUCUGCGAUCGCGCAGGCCUUUCGGCAAGCGGCCGGCCCCGACGGCACGCGCGGCUUUGGCCGCGCACGGGGCCCACUCCCGGCCAAGAAGGAGCCCGGCUUGAGUGCGUCGUUUGCAGCCGACCUCGCGGGCCGUCGCCGGGCGGCGUCGUCGGGCGCGCCGCCGCCGCCCAGCUUUUUCGGCUCGGGCAAUGGCUUUGCUUUCUAAACCGACCAGUUCGGUUGGUGCGACGUUGGCCACGUACGACUUCUUAUGACAACAUAUUGUGUAUACCGCAUUGCUCCCCAACGUAUAAUGUACAACUUCUUCUUUGCCCA